AGAGGGAACUGGGAAUCCCUCUCAGCCGGCAGGGGGAAUUGAGGAAACCAGGGAUGGGACCCAGGUGAGCCCGGGCACCCACUGUCCCAGCCCCCCUGGCACAGGCUGCCCCACAUCCCUUGCAAACACGCCAGGCCCUCAGCCCCAGCCCAUGGACCUGCGGGUGGGCCAGCGGCCCACAGUGGAGCCCCCACCUGAGGCCACGCUGCUGUCCCUGCGGCAUCCCCGGCGUCUGCACCACCACCUCUUCCUACCAGGCCUGCACCAGAGCACAGCAGAGCCCAUGCGGCUCUCCAUGGACACACCGGUGCCUGAGUUGCAGGUGGGGCAGCAGGAGCAAGAGCUGCGGCAGCUUCUCAACAAAGACAAGAGCAAACGAAGUGCCGUAGCCAGCAGUGUGGUCAAGCAGAAGCUGGCGGAGGUGAUUCUGAAGAAGCAGCAGGCAGCCCUUGAGAGAACAGUGCAUCCCAAUAGCCCCAGCAUUCCAUUCAGGACCCUCGAGCCCCUGGAGACAGAAGGAGCCACCCGCUCCAUGCUCAGCAGCUUUCUGCCUCCUGUUCCCAGCCUGCCCAGUGAUCCCCCAGAGCACUUCCCCCUGCGAAAGACAGUCUCUGAGCCCAACCUGAAGCUUCGCUACAAGCCCAAGAAGUCCUUGGAGCGGAGGAAGAAUCCCCUGCUUAGAAAGGAGAGUGCACCACCCAGCCUGCGGCGGCGGCCUGUAGACACCCUCGGAGACUCCUCCCCCAGUAGUAGCAGCACACCUGCGUCAGGGUGCAGCUCACCCAAUGACAGCGAGCAUGGCCCUAACCCUGUCCUGGGCUCAGAGGCGCUCUUGGGCCAGCGGCUGCGGCUGCAGGAGACUUCUCUGGCCCCGUUCGCCUUGCCGACAGUGUCCUUGCUGCCCGCAAUCACGCUUGGGCUGCCCGCCCCUGCCAGGGCUGAUGGUGACCGCAGGACCCAUCCAUCUCUGGGCCCUCGGGGGCCGGUCCUGGGGAGCCCCCACGUUCCCCUCUUCCUGCCCCAUGGCCUGGAGCCCGAGGCUGGGGGCACCUUGCCCUCCCGCCUGCAGCCCAUUCUCCUCCUGGACCCCUCAGUGUCUCAUGCCCCCCUGCUGACUGUGCCUGGGCUUGGGCCCCUGCCCUUCCACUUUGCCCAGUCCUUACUGAACAACGAGCGGCCCCCCGGGUCAGGCCUCCACCGGCCACUGAGCCGGACUCGCUCAGAACCCCUGCCCCCCAGUGCCACUGCCCCCCCACAGCUGGGCCCUCUGCAGCCCCGCCUGGAGCGGCACAAACCUCACGUCCAGCUGAUCAAGAGGCCAGCCAAGCCGAGUGAGAAGCCCCGGCUCCGGCAGAUACCCUCUGCCGAGGACCUAGAGACUGAUGGCGGAGGAGCAGGCCAGGUGGCAGAUGACAGCCUGGAGCACAGGGAACUGAGCCAUGGGCAACCUGAGGUCAGAGGCCCGGUCCCUCUCCAGCAGCACCAGCAGGUGUUGCUGUGGGAACAGCCGCGACUGACCGGGCGGCUCCCCCGGGGAAGCACCGGGGACUCUGUGCUGCUGCAACUGGCCCCAGGCGGACACCGGCCCCUGUCUAGGACUCAGUCUUCCCCAGCCGCUCCUGCCUCACUGCCAGCCCCAGAGCCCACCAGCCAGGCCCGCGUUCUUUCUAGCUCAGAGAUUUCUGCUAGGACUCUGCCCUUUACCACAGGGCUGGUGUAUGAUUCGGUAAUGCUGAAGCACCAGUGCUCCUGUGGAGACAACAGCAGACAUCCAGAGCAUGCCGGUCGCAUCCAGAGCAUCUGGUCCCGGCUGCAGGAGCGUGGGCUCCGGGGCCAGUGUGAGUGUCUCCGGGGCCGGAAGGCCUCCCUGGAGGAGCUGCAGUCAGUCCACUCUGAGCGCCACGUGCUACUCUAUGGCACCAACCCACUCAGCCGCCUCAAACUGGACAACGGGAAGCUGGCAGGGCUCCUGGCACAGCGGAUGUUUGUGAUGCUGCCUUGUGGUGGGGUUGGGGUGGAUACUGACACCAUCUGGAAUGAGCUGCAUUCCUCUAAUGCAGCCCGCUGGGCCGCCGGCAGUGUCACUGACCUCGCCUUCAAAGUGGCUUCCCGUGAGCUAAAGAACGGUUUUGCCGUGGUGCGGCCCCCAGGACACCAUGCCGAUCAUUCCACAGCCAUGGGCUUCUGCUUCUUCAACUCAGUGGCCAUCGCCUGCCGGCAACUGCAACAGCAGAGCAAGGCCAGCAAGAUCCUCAUCAUAGACUGGGAUGUUCACCAUGGCAACGGCACCCAGCAAACCUUCUACCAAGACCCCAGUGUGCUCUACAUCUCCCUGCAUCGCCAUGACGACGGCAACUUCUUCCCAGGCAGUGGGGCUGUGGAUGAGGUAGGGGCUGGCAGUGGUGAGGGCUUCAACGUCAAUGUGGCCUGGGCCGGAGGUCUGGACCCCCCCAUGGGGGAUCCUGAGUACCUGGCCGCCUUCAGGAUGGUCGUGAUGCCCAUUGCCCGAGAGUUCUCUCCAGACCUGGUCCUGGUAUCGGCUGGGUUCGAUGCUGCCGAGGGUCACCCUGCCCCACUGGGUGGCUACCACGUUUCUGCCAAGUGUUUUGGGUACAUGACGCAGCAACUGAUGAACCUGGCAGGGGGCGCAGUGGUGCUGGCCUUGGAGGGCGGCCAUGAUCUCACCGCCAUCUGUGACGCCUCUGAGGCCUGUGUAGCUGCUCUUCUGGGCAACAAGGUGGAUCCCCUUUCAGAAGAAGGUUGGAAACAGAAACCCAACCUCAAUGCUAUCCGCUCUCUGGAAGCUGUGAUCCGGGUGCACAGUAAAUAUUGGUGCUGCAUGCAGCGCCUGGCCUCCUGCCCAGACUCCUGGGUGCCCAGGAUGCCAGGGGCUGACAAAGAAGAAGUGGAGGCAGUGACCGCACUGGCAUCCCUCUCUGUGGGCAUCCUGGCUGAAGACAGGCCCUCAGAGCAGCUGGUGGAAGAUGAAGAACCUAUGAAUCUCUAAAGCUCUGGAACCAUCUGCCCGCCCACCCUGCCUUCGGACCUGGUUCUCUUCUAACCUCUGGCGUCAGCCCCUGUUCCUGGGUCUUUAGAGAUCCUGUGGGCAGGUAGUUGGGGCCAGAGGGCAGCCUGUCUUCCUUGAUAGUCACCCCAGGGAGGCUGCGAGGGCCCCUGGCCCAGGACAGGAACCAGAGGACCCUGAGAAGAGGCAGGCUGGGCAGCCAGGCCCCAGCAGGGCUCUCUUAAGAACAGAUUCCACCCCUCUGGUGUCCAGGCCCCGGCUGUGGCCCCCACUCCUCAGGACAGCACAGAGGACUGGCUCAGUCGGGCCUACCCUUAACCACUAUUCCUGGCUCUUCAGACCCCAGACUUUGCACACAGCCCCAGGCUCCACACAGAAAUGUGAACUUGGCCUCAGCCAUGGUGGCCCUUUCUAGACUCUGUGGGUGGGAGGGGGUUGGGGAGCCAAGAGGUCCCACAUCCCUGAGUGCAGGGGGAGUCCCUCCUCCCACCUGCUUCCUCGGAUGAUUCUGGAAGCUUCCCCCAACCACUCAGCACUGAGACGCAGCUCCCUGACAAAAGUUACCAGCAGAUCUCCAUCUGGAUCCUGCCCCGGCCAGAGGUCCCCUUCGUUGACCUCUCAGCACCCUGGUAGAGCAGACAGGUGCCCUGGGAGUCCUGUGCUUCCUGACCCAAUGGUGCCAAACCUUCAUCUCCCCCCAGAGGCAAGCACGGCCCCCAGGGAUCCCUCAGUCAUUGCCCCCUCCAUGAACCUUCUGUUUCUGGGGUCUCUCCCACCCUGGCUCUGACCCCAGCCCCACAUAGGACUAACCUGGCUGAGGGGAAAGGAGGUGGGAGAGAAGACACAGACAUGGGGGAGGGAAGUCUGCCCUGGCAGAGUCUUCAAGACUUUUGGGGUCUAGGCCUGGGGCCAAGAAGGAAAGUGUGUGUGAGCGUGUGUAUGAGAAGUAUGUGUGAGUGUGUGUGUCUUCCCCAGAACCCACCAUACCCUGUGUAUGUAUGCAUGUUUUUUGUAAAAAAGAAAAAAAAGGAAAAAAAAUCUGAAUAAAUGUUUUAUUUGCUUUAAAAGUGCCUGUGAAAGGGCCUCCCAGGCAUGAGUGGUGUGCCAUCGAGUGGGUGUGCGGGCCUGUCUGCACUGUGGAGAGGGCACAAGGCCAGGCUGGCUGCAGCCCCCUCUAGCUCCUUGUCCUUCUGUAGCCACCGCCCUGUAGGAAGACCCUAUUCUGAACAUACCCUAGCCUCCCUGCUUGCCCCUC